AUGAGGGGGCUUAAUUUUGAUUCAGACACGUAUGGACUCAAGAAGGAGAAGCUGAGCCACUUUCGCUUUUACUUCCAUGACGUACUCAACGGGCCAAGGCCUACAGCUGUUCGCGUAGCCAGCGCAACCAUGACGAGCACUUCGGCCACUUUUUUUGGCUUCAUGGUGAUGAUGGAUAACCCUUUGACGGUUGCGCCUGAGUUCGACUCCAAGCUUGUGGGAAGAGCACAGGGAAUUUAUGCAUCUGCAUCGCAAAGCGAGGUUGGUCUUUUGAUGGUUUUGAACAUUGCUUUCACUCAAGGCAAGCACAAUGGCAGCGCUCUUAGUGUUUUGGGGCGUAACCCCGUAUUUUCAACCGUGAGGGAGAUGCAGAUCACGCCGAUCGUUGGUGGGAGUGGGCUUUUCCGGUUUGCGCGGGGCUAUGCUGAGGCUAGGAGUCACUCACGGGAUGCUAAAACUAGGGGUAGUGUCUAUGUCUUCCAUUGUUGA